UACUUAAGGUUAACGCCUUUCUGCACUAGUGCACUUGCUUGGUGUAAAAUAUGGAGAACAACCUAUUGUUAACAGUCGAUUCCUACAAGGUGACCCAUUAUUGCCAGUAUCCACCUGGUACCAGUAAAGUCUAUUCUUAUUUUGAAUGCAGAGGAGGGGUAUUCCCCGAGACGGUUUUCUUUGGCUUGCAAUACAUACUGAAAAAAUAUUUGGUUGGAAAAGUGGUCACUGAAGAGAAAAUACAAGAAGCUAAGGAGGUGUAUGAUGGCCAUUUGGGGUCAGGACUAUUCAACGAAGAGGGAUGGAGAUACAUAUUGGCCCAGCACAAUGGACACUUACCUUUAAAAAUUAAAGCUGUCCCAGAAGGAAUGAUUGUCCCUGUCAAAAACGUUUUGUUUACUGUUGAAAAUACUGAUCCGAAAUGCUUUUGGUUGACCAACUUCAUUGAAACUUUAAUGGUCCAGGCUUGGUACCCAAUCACAGUCUGUACUAGCUCCCGAGCCCAAAAAGAAUUAAUUGCCAAGUAUCUAAAUGAGACUUCAGACUCCAUGGAGGGUUUGCCGUUCAAAUUACAUGAUUUUGGAUUCCGUGGAAGUACCUCUGUCGAAUCGGCAGGUAUAGGUGGGGCAGCUCAUCUCGUUAAUUUCAGCGGUACUGAUACGGUUGCUGCUCUGAGUUUUGCAAAAAAAUAUUAUAAUUGCAAAGUUGCCGGAUUUUCUAUUCCAGCAGCUGAACACAGUACUAUUACCAGCUGGACAAAGGAAGGAGAAGUCGAUGCUUUUCGUAACAUGCUAACACAGUUUCCGAAUGGUCUAAUGGCCUGUGUCAGCGAUAGCUAUAAUAUUUGGGAUGCAUGUGAAAAGCUUUGGGGAGAGAAACUUAAAGACUUAGUUGAAGAACGAGGAGAAAGAGGAGGAACUCUAGUGGUGAGACCUGAUUCAGGUGAUCCCCCAACAGUCGUUGUUAAAGUUCUUGAAAUAUUAGGUUCGAAAUUUGGAACGAUAACAAACAAGAAAGGAUACAAGUUACUUCCUCCAUACCUACGCGUGAUACAGGGAGAUGGAAUCAGUUAUGAGUCACUGACAAAAAUACUAGAAGCACUCAAGGAUAACAAAUGGAGUUCAGACAACCUAGUCUUUGGCAGUGGAGGGGCAUUGCUACAGAAGGUCCAUAGGGAUACUCAGAAGUGUGCCUUCAAAUGCAGCUAUGCUGUCGUCAAUGAUAAAGGAGUUAAUGUUUAUAAAACGCCUAUCACUGAUCCUGGGAAGAAGUCAAAAAAAGGGCUGAUGACACUGGAAAUUGAGGACGGACAAUAUGUAACCAAACAAGAAGGAACUGGGUCUCCUGAAAGAGACCUAUUGGUUCCAGUGUUUGAGAAUGGAGUACUACUGAAAGAUUAUUCUUUCGAUGAGAUAAGGAAACUAGCCGAAAUUGAGCUAUUGAAGUCAUAGAGAUAAUAUAAAAAUUUUAGAAAUGCACACGUAAAUACAAUAAGAAGACUAAAGAUUAUGUUUUGAUAUUAUUAAUUAUUAUUAUACUAUUUUUUUGUAGUUAAAAUAAAUUAGUUUUUUUUUUCACUUAGUUUUAAGCCAUUAACCAA